AUGAAGAAAAAAAUAAAACUAUUGUUCUUAAUAAAAACUGCAGCAUUUAUCCUUUCAACAUGGAGAAGCAACUAUGCCAGUAAUCUGAAUGUGCUUAAAAAAUAUUUGGACGAAAACAACAGUAAUGUUAGAAAAUUAGAUACAAGAAUUUAUCAAUUACUAGUAAAAUAUAAGCAGAAUCAUGAUUCACGUAUAUUGGGCUUACAAGAAGUAAUACCAUAUAAUGGAGAGAACGAAAGAAAUCAUAUAUGCAAUAAUGAAAAAAGGCACGAAGAAAGAAAGAAAUUAUCAAAUAAAAGUUUAUUAAAUAAUUCGAGAAUUCAUAGACAUGGUAAGAAAAAUAAAUAUUGUAUUUUUGCAACAAACAAAUAUUCCCAUUUGGAACGAAAAAUAUUUAAGGAACUGGAUUACCAGAAUUUUCUUAAAAACAACAGGAUAAUUAAAAAUAAAUUGCACAAAAAAAUAAUGUUUAAAAAAUAUGGAUUACGAUUUUCUCUACCUUUAUUAUUGUUUUCAUUAUUAUCAAUAUCGCUAAUAUUAGAUCUAUUUUUUAAAUGUGGAUUUAUAAAUGGACUUUUUGCAUUUUUGAACAAUUAUUCUUUAAAUAAUUGGAUGAAGGGUUUUAAUAAAUCUUCAUUUUUUGACCCCAUAAGGGAGUUGUGCAAAUUUACGGGUAGUACAAGUAAAACGAAGUCUACUAUUAUUACACAUUUUUUUGGUAUAAUAAUAUAUGUCAUACCUUUCUUCAUAUUAGGUGUUACGCUUAUAUCAUGGAUUAUUUACUACCAUAAUAAAGUUAAAAAAUUUGAAAAAUUUAAGUUUAGGAAAAGGUAA